AUGACAAUGAAAAGAGUGUUGAUUAACGACUGCCACUUGCGCCUACACAAGUACCGCGCCGUCAUUGAACAGAAAAGGACAGAGUGCGCGACAUUGUUUGGCGAAUUGAUUACUGAUUCCCUUGGCCGAACAAUAUCCAUCUUGGCAAAGAGGAGACAGGAGUUAAAACGCAUGAACCUAGAGCAGAAGUUCGGAAAGUUGAAACCCGAAUACAAGACGAACAAAAAUGUGGUGUACAAUCUAUCUUCCAGACAGUUAACUGAACAAGAACUGAGAGUGCUGAGUCGUGAAGCCAACUUUAAUACGGCAGAUGCCAAACCGGCCGAAUUUAUCGCCACACUUGAAGCUAUGUUGGUAAGAACCAACGCGACCGACGAGGCUAAACACACCGUACGCCAGAAAGUCACCUCCCUACUGCUGACGAACAGGCCCAUCAAUAAUAUGUCACCCGCAGAAAUAGAAGCAAUGAAGGAAUUAAAAAUGGACAAAGAUAUAAUAGUGCUGCCAGCCGACAAAGGAAGAGCAACCGUCGUGAUGAACCGCGUUGACUACAACGAAAAGGCACAAGCCCUCCUAGACGACCAACAGUCCUACAAGUCCACGCCUCCCUCGCGAGCCAAAUCGAUGAUUGGUCAACUAACUGGACUCCUGAACCGACUCAAGCGAAACAGUGCUAUAUCGCUGGACGAAUGGCGACAGAUGAAACCAACGGACACGGCACUGGCCCGGUUUUAUGGAUUACCCAAAAUCAACAAGCCCAAUGUUCCCCUUCGACCGAUCGUUGUCUUGAAAGGCAGCCCCACUUACAAUCUAUCCAAGUGGAUGGCCCGAAAACUUAACUUUCUCCGAGAAGGCUCAAGGACCUCCAUCAAUUCGGCCUCCUAA